ACACCUUGUGUCUGUCAACGUCAUCCGGCGCAGAGAAUAGGGUCGGAAAAUAUUGUGAAAAAUAACCUUAUUUUAAAUAAAAUCUAAAUUAUCACAAAAAUGGAGUUAAACGAAAGAAUUUUGCACUACCUGGACAAACAGGAUAAAGUGGACACUCUAAAAUUGGCAAGCGAAUUCAAUGAAGACCAUCAGAAAAUUGUUGGUGCAGUGAAAAGUUUGGAAGCUCUUGAGAUGGUAGUUUCAGAUACUGUUAAGAAUACAAAGUGGGAACUUACUGAAGAAGGGCAGUUAGUGGCUGAGAAAGGAAGCCAUGAGGCUGUUCUAUAUCACAGUGUACCCGACGGCGGUAUCGCCCAAGCCGAAAUUAUGAAGACAGUCCCAAAUGCAAAAGUUGGAUUCAGCAAAGCCAUGUCCGCUGGUUGGAUCCUCAUAGACAAAUCCGGGGGUGCCCCAUUAGUCAAGAAGAAAGUGGAAACCAUCACAGAUACAGUACAAGACUACCUGAAUGAAAUUAAGAAGGGCAUUGAUAACUUACCAGAUAAUGUAAGGAAUGAUUAUAAGAAGAGGAAACUGCUACAAGAGGUGACUUUGAAAAGUUUCCUAUUGUCCAAGGGGCCGCAGUUUGCGACUUCUAUAAAGAAACUAGAGACAGACUUGACCGCUGAAAUGCUACAAUCUGGCUCAUGGAAGACACUGGAGUUCAAACCUUACAAUUUUGAUGCUCUGGGUCAGCCUCCAGAAAGUGGUCACCUCCACCCGCUACUGAAGGUCCGAUCCGAGUUCAGAGAGAUCUUCCUCGAGAUGGGCUUCACGGAGAUGCCAACCAACAACUAUGUCGAGAGCUCCUUCUGGAACUUCGAUGCUCUGUUCCAGCCGCAACAGCACCCGGCUCGGGACGCUCAUGAUACAUUCUUUGUGUCCAAUCCGGCGGUGACUACGAAGUUCCCGAUGGAUUAUUUGGAGCGGGUGAAGAAGGUCCAUAGUGAAGGAGGCUAUGGUUCUCAGGGCUACAGAUACUCGUGGAAGAUCGAAGAGGCUCAGAAGAAUCUGCUCCGCACGCACACCACGGCGGUGUCGGCGCGCAUGCUGUACAAGGUGGCACAGGAGGGGUUCCGGCCACAGAAGUACUUCAGCAUUGAUAAGGUAUUCCGCAACGAGACCCUCGACGCGACCCACUUAGCCGAGUUCCAUCAAGUGGAGGGCGUCGUGGCGGACCGCGGGCUCGGACUGGCAGACCUUAUAGGGGUUCUGGACACCUUCUUCAAGAGACUAGGCUUCGACAAGUUGCAGUUCAAGCCGGCGUAUAACCCUUAUACUGAGCCUAGCAUGGAGAUCUUCGCUUUCCAUAAUGGUCUCAACAAGUGGAUAGAGAUCGGCAACUCAGGAGUCUUCCGUCCAGAAAUGCUGCUACCGAUGGGGCUACCCGAAGACGUCAAUGUCAUCGCUUGGGGACUCUCUCUAGAACGACCCACCAUGAUCAAGUAUGGACUGAAUAACAUCAGGGACUUGGUCGGACCUAAAGUGGACUUGCAGAUGGUCCAGUCUAAUCCCAUUUGUAGGCUGGAUAAGUGAGGUUGAUGUUGAGGUUUUGUAUUCUAUGUAUGUUGCACGCAAUAUAAAUUAUGAAGAGCUU